AUGCCCGCCCAGAGCAAGGAUCAAAAUGGCAUUUCAAGUCCGCCACCUUCAACACCACAAUUCACAAAUUCCAACGACAUCCAACACGUUUCUGCAGUUGUGCCUUCACUCACCGCUACUGCUGGGCCAGCGCAAAACAACAGUGGCGGCGCCAAUGGUGUAGAACCGCAAUGGAAGGGAGGCUUCGUUGCUGGUGUUCUUGAAAAGUGUGAUCCGAAGCUGCAGAACGGCCGACGACGUAUACUCCCAGUCUUAGCACCCAAGGGCUUCAUUCCCGCGCUCGAACCUCCCACACCAGCGCCGCAACCACCAGGAGCGAGAGAACUCUUAACGUCUGAAGCCUGCCAGCUUCUUCACCCACGGCAGCGGUACCCUCAGUACGAGCGCCUCCCAGACGACUGGCUCCCUCCCAUCCGCCUGCCCCAACAACAAGCAGCACUGCAAGUUCCGGGUGAAUACCCUCUCCCGUCUGCCCAAGAUGGCAAACCCACCCAAGUCCGACCAAGAGCAAAACCCGCGACUAUCCCCGUGCAUAUCUUCCAGGCCAGGGCAGCGAACGCCAGUGCUACCCCCGCGUCCACCGUCGCUGCCAUGGGAUUUGGGAGGAUCGAUCUUGAGGGAGGGUACUCUGGUCUUGCGCAGAGGCAGGCGGUAGCUACGGGAAAGACGGCGGAGGAUAUCUCACUGCAGAAGGCGGAGGAGAAGCAUUGA